AUGGCGAAUUCCAAAAAUGUCGUUUGGUUUAUGAUCUACCAUCCCCUUAACAAAUUCAAAUUCAAAGGUAACUUCUUCACUCAUUCUUCCCUUGGUUCUUCCAGAAGUCCUUCCGCUUUGGUAGAAGUAGGUACCGGAAUAACGGCUGUAGCUUCGUUUCAUUCAAAUUCCUGUUCCAGUCGUCGUAGAUCUAUCUUUCACAGGAUUACUAAUUGUGAUGAUGCCCUCGAUAUGUUCCAUGAAAUUACACACCGGCAGCCUCUGCCACCGGUUGCUAGAUUCAAUGAGUUGUUGCAAGCUGUUACUAAAAAGAAACACUAUUCUUGUUCGGUUGAGAUUUUUCAACGAAUGAACAGCGUAGGUGCUCCUAUUGAUGCGCUCACUAUUAGCAUUGUGAUAAAGUGUUUAUGCCAAAUGCACAGCACCAGGGAAGGAUUUGCAGUCCUAGGGUAUGGCUACAAAUGUGGUGUUGUACCUGAUGUAUUUACGUUCAGUGCACUGUUAGAUGGACUCAUCCUUGAAGAUAAAGUCCCCGAAGCCUAUGCAUUCUUCAAAAAGCUGAUCAGAAACAAAGUUUGUGAUCCUAAUGGAGUCAUGUACACCAAUAUGAUUAAAGGCCUUUGCUAA